CAGGCGCCGUGGCCGUUUCCGGGAUCUGUCAGCAGCUCCCUCUGGGCCUCGGUCCUCCGCCCGCGGCCGCCGGAGCCUGUUCGCGUCGACUGACCAGAGUCCGCGAAUUCUCCGCUCCGCGCGGGUCUGGACUGCCCGACUCCAGUGUUCUAUCUUUUGAAAACACUAAGAACAAUGUCUCUGCAUCAGUUUUUGCUAGAGCCAAUUACCUGUCAUGCCUGGAACAGGGAUCGUACCCAGAUUGCCCUUAGCCCCAAUAAUCACGAAGUCCACAUCUAUAAGAAGAACGGGAGCCAGUGGGUGAAAGCUCAUGAACUCAAGGAGCACAAUGGACACAUCACAGGUAUUGACUGGGCUCCCAGGAGCGACCGCAUCGUCACUUGUGGGGCAGACCGUAAUGCCUAUGUCUGGAGUCAGAAAGAUGGUGUCUGGAAACCAACCCUGGUGAUCCUGAGAAUUAAUCGUGCAGCCACUUUUGUCAAGUGGUCCCCGCUAGAGAAUAAAUUUGCUGUGGGAAGUGGAGCACGACUCAUUUCUGUUUGUUACUUCGAGUCCGAAAAUGACUGGUGGGUAAGCAAACACAUUAAAAAGCCAAUUCGAUCCACCGUCCUCAGUUUGGAUUGGCAUCCCAACAAUGUUUUGCUGGCAGCUGGAUCAUGUGAUUUCAAAUGCAGAGUGUUUUCUGCAUACAUUAAAGAAGUGGACGAAAAGCCAGCCAGUACACCCUGGGGCAGCAAGAUGCCUUUUGGUCAGCUGAUGUCAGAGUUUGGUGGCAGUGGCACUGGUGGCUGGGUGCACGGGGUUAGCUUCUCUGCCAGUGGGAGCCGCCUGGCCUGGGUCAGCCAUGACAGCACUGUGUCUGUUGCCGAUGCCUCAAAAAGUGUGCAGGUCUCAACUCUGAAAACGGAGUUCCUGCCCCUCCUGAGUGUAUCAUUUGUCUCUGAGAACAGCGUUGUAGCUGCUGGCCAUGACUGCUGCCCAAUGCUCUUUAACUACGAUGACCGUGGCUGCUUGACUUUCGUCUCCAAGCUAGACAUUCCAAAACAGAGCAUCCAGCGCAACAUGUCUGCCAUGGAACGCUUCCGCAAUAUGGACAAGAGGGCCACGACCGAGGACCGCAAUACAGCCUUGGAGACACUGCACCAGAAUAGCAUCACUCAAGUAUCUAUUUAUGAGGUGGACAAGCAAGAUUGUCGCAAAUUUUGCACUACUGGCAUUGAUGGAGCCAUGACAAUUUGGGAUUUUAAGACCUUAGAGUCUUCUAUCCAGGGCCUUCGGAUAAUGUGAAGCUGAGUGAGCCUCCCACAUCCAGCAUGACAGACUGACAAACUGCCCUGACGGCAGCUCCGCCAUUUGCAUGAUGGUGAGGAGAGCCAGCCGCAAGGAAACACUGAAGACACAUGUCGCACAAAUGUUUGUGUAUUUUUGUUUAAAUAUAAUUGGUGAAAGUGUUGGUUUUUUGAAAGCAGCAGUUAUUGGGUUUUGUUUUGAGUUUGAAAUUUUUUUGGGGGGGUUGGUUUUUGUGUUUUGGUUUUUUGAUUUUUGUUUUUUUGCUAUUUCAUUCCAUUCUUGACCAAAGCUUCUCUUUUAGUAGUUUAUUAUGGAAAAUUGUCACACUAACUUAAAGGGUGGGGAGGUAUAUAAAUUGCUAAAAUAAUUAAAUAAAAAUACUGAAUGUGC